UAUAUAUAUAUAUAUAUCUCCAUAUGUAUACAUACACCCUUAUUUUCGUAACAAACACAUAUCUAAGAGACCAAAACUUAAAGAUUUCUCAUAAACUUCCAACAAUAUGACGGUUAGUUCUCUCUGUCUCCGGUCAUCUGCUAGCUACUGCGUGUUUUCUUCAUUGCUUGUGUCCAUUGCAAAUGCAAAAUAAAUAUGAAGCUUAUAUUCCUUAUGUUGCAGAUCACAGAAAUGAGAGUGCAUAUGGAUUGUCCUGGCUGCGAGACCAAAAUCAAGAAGGCUCUUCAGAAAGUAGAUGGAAUUGAUGAUAUAGACAUAGACAUGGCCAUGCAAAAGGUGACAGUAAUGGGUUGGGCAGACCAGAAGAAGGUUCUUAAAGCAGUAAGGAAGACAGGAAGAAGAGCAGAGCUAUGGCCGUACCCUUAUAAUCCUGAAUACUAUAACUUCAACCAACAGUAUUACUAUCUGCAGAAACAAGAAACCCAACCAGCUGCACUCACCUAUUAUGAAACUCAGUACUCCACUUCCUCUUACAACUACCGCAAGCAUGGAUACAGUAAUGAGGACUAUGGCUAUUACCAAACGCCACCGUAUUCAAUUGCUGUUGAUGAACAGGCUAGUGCCAUGUUCAGUGAUGAAAAUCCUCAUGCUUGCUCUAUAAUGUGAUGAUUUCUCAGGACACAGUUUCUCCAUAUAUUUUAGAGUUUGAUUUUGAGUUCAAGAGUUCUUGUAAUAAAUAUUGUUGUUUCUGUGAGGGAAAAUUAACCUCGUACGCAUUAAGGAAGUGCAAGAUAUUAGUAAGGUGUGGCGUAUAUAUAAAUAUGAUUUAUUAAUCAUGAAUAGCUAUAUAUACUUAAUUGCACGAUCACAGGAUUAGCUAAAUUUAAUGUUUGAGAAGUGAGAUACAUUUUCUUUUUUUAUA